AUGGCCAACAAGACCAUUCACCAACGCCACAAGUCUACCAGCAACCUUGUGAACACCAUGUCUACCGCAGCUGGCUUUUCUAAGCUCGCGGUCAAGCCCAAUGUCCAAAGCGACUUGGACGCUCGGGCGAAACCCGCACCAACUAACUCGUACAUGCCGGUCAUCAAGCACCCUAACGUCUAUCCCGGUCCUGUUGCCACGGAUCAAGAGAACCGAAACCACAAUGCUUCUAAGGACGCCUUCCUACGACCGGCGCAACGACUUCCCAAGUCUCUUAUCCACUCUGUUUCGACGAAUCAGCUCCAAGCUGCAGCUAACGAGCCAGCACCCAUCUUAAAGCAACAGCCGCAGCAGUACCCCAUCAAGAAGAGAGGCCAGCAGCUCAAGGUUUUCAGUGACACCCAGCCUGAGAAGGAACAACCUACUCUGGAAAAAGUGAACCGAGCCGCCAUUACUUUGAAGUAUAGUACUCAGCCGCAAGUCGAGGCCAAAGACUGGGUUCUUGUAGCGUCAGGGAAAGUGCUACCGGAAGGUCGCCAGCAAGGAUCUCACCUGGAGAAUCCCAAGAAGGACGCUCAGAAUAGCAAUCUUUCUAUUCCCCGUCAAGCGGAGGAAGAGGUUACGGAGGCAGUCUACCUCGACGCCGUCGAAGAGCUUCCGAGUAACUUGUAUUCUGUAGCAAAGCCGGAGAAGGAAGCAGCCUGGAGAGCGGCAGUUGAUUACUUGAACAACGAGACCGGUUGGGUAUCUCCGGCUCUUGACGCGGAUGAGGACGAUUUACCCGCUGCUACCAGUCAAGGCAUGUACCCUCACUACGACGAACGAUUCGCCUCCAGCGCAUUCACCCAGCCUCAGAACGCGGCUGAUGUAUCCGACGACGAUGAGGAGGACUACUAUGACGAGCAGGGCUAUACUACAGCCCAUUCCGGUCGAGACAACACGACAGGUGGUGUUACUACUAUCAUGGUUCCUCCCAAGCUCACCAAGAAAGGCGCUGCAGAAAUUGCGGCCGCCAAAGAGAUUGUGGAGAGAAAGGUUGGCAGUGAUGCCCAAGACGAUGAGGAAUGGGAUAUUAGCAUGGUGACUGAGUAUGGAGAGGACAUUUUUAAUUACAUGAAGGAAAUGGAGAUCGAUCUGUUGCCCAAGCCUCAUUACAUGGAUAUCCAGACUGAGAUCAAGUGGUCCAUGCGAGCUGUCCUAAUGGACUGGGUCAUUCAAGUCCACACCCGUUUUGGACUUCUUCCAGAGACGCUAUUCUUAGCCGUCAACUACAUCGAUCGAUUCCUCUCGGUUAAAAUUGUCUCCAUAGGAAAACUCCAACUAGUUGGUGCUACCGCCCUUCUGCUUGCUGCAAAGUAUGAAGAAAUCAAUUGCCCCUCGGUGCAAGAAAUCGUCUAUAUGGUCGACGGCGGCUAUAACCAGGAGGAGGUCCUCAAGGCAGAGCGUUUCAUGCUCACCAUGCUCAACUUCGCACUAGGCUGGCCUGGUCCGAUGAGCUUCUUGCGACGUAUCAGCAAGGCGGACGACUACGACAGUGAGAUUCGAACCGUAGCCAAGUACUUCCUCGAGGUUACCGUUAUGGACGAGCGCUUCGUUUCAAGUCCUCCCAGCUAUGUGGCCGCUGGAGCCCAAUGCCUUUCGCGCAUGAUUCUGGGUAAAGGCGACUGGACACCCGAACAUGUUCACUAUUCCGGUUAUACUUUUGCCCAGUUGAAGCCGCUGAUUGGAAUGCUCUUUGACUGCUGCCGAAUUGGUCGCAAACACCAUCGAGCAGUCUUCGAGAAAUAUUCAACUCGACUUUUCAAGCGCGCAGCUCCGUUCGUCGAAGAACAGAUCCAGAACGGCUUUAGACUUCCCUUCCAGCGCGGCUAUCACCACAUGUUGGAUGUCCCGACCAACGAGGUACAUACAGGAUCGUAUACUAUGUCGAUGCCGCCUCUUACUUUGGGUUGA